CACGUGACUGGACGGCCCGCUUCGGCCGCCGCCGCCGCUUUGUAAGAGGCACAUUGGCAGGUAACGAGCGGCGGCGGUGGCGGCGGCGGCGGGUACCGAGUGCAGCGAGAACAGCCUUGAUUUUCUAUAUUGUACAUACAUUAUUUUGUAUAUACUGUGUAUGAUGACUUCGGUGAGCAAUGACCGUUCCCGAGGUGCUCGGGAAAAAACACAGAUUUCAGCAACACAGGCAACACAACUACAGAAACAAGUAGUACAGGCAACAGCUGAACAGAUGCGCCUUGCUCAAGUGAUCUUUGAUAAAAAUGAUUCAGAAUUUGAAGCUAAAGUUAAACAGCUUAUGGAAGUGACAGGAAAAAAUCAGGAUGAGUGUAUAGUGGCCCUACAUGACUGUAACGGAGACGUGAACAAGGCUAUCAAUACAUUGCUGGAAGGGAAUUCAGACACGACUUCAUGGGAGACUGUAGGGGGGAAGAAGAAGAAUUUUGGAAAAGAAAGUUCAGAAAACAAAGAGAAUAGAGAGAAGAGGAGUGAAAGAGAAGUGAGUCGUGGGCGUGGAAACAGCAACCGCAAAGGAAGAGGUGGCAGCCGUGGGAGAGAAUUUAGAGGUGAAGAGAAUGGAAUUGAUUGCAGUCAAGGAGACAAGCCUUCAGACCGUGGCAAGCGAGCCCGUGGCAGAGGAUUUGGACGUGGCAGAGGGAGAGGGGCAGGAAGAUUCUCAACCCAAGGCAUGGGGACAUUUAAUCCUGCAGACUGUUCAGAUUCUCCAUCUAUAGAUGGGUGUGGGACAAAACCAGUAGUUUGGGAAGCUGCUCAGAAUGGUGCAGAUGAGGGAAGUGGGGCCUGGAAGAAUUCUGUGGAAGAGUGGACAACAGAAGAUUGGACUGAAGACCUUUCUGAAACAAAAGUUUUCACUGCCUCAUCUGUUCCAUCAGAGAAUCAUAUCACACCUGGACAAAGCAUUGAUCUGGUAGCCUUGCUCCAGAAGCCUGUUCCUUCCAGUCAAGUCUCAGAAGUCAGCUCCUUUGAACCUUCCCAACAGCAGGGCUUUGGCCAAGCCCUUGUCUUCACAAAUUCUCAGCACAACAAUCAGAUGGCACCAGGGACAGGCAGUUCCACUGCUGUCAACUCCUAUUCUCCUCAGAGUCUGUCGUCCGUCCUGGGUUCGGGAUUUGGAGAGCUUACAUCUUCAAAAAUGGCAAGCGUCACCAGCUCCCAGAUUUUGGACCAGUUGAAACCUCCAAGUUUGGGUCAGUUUACCACCACCCAAAGUUCACAGCAGAAUAGUACGAGCCCUCCCACAACCACUUCUUCUUGGGACCUCAAGCCCUCAGCUACCCAGUCCUCAGUCCUUAGCCAUUUUGACUUUAAAUCUCAGCCUGAACCAUCCCCAGUUCUUAGCCAGUUGAGCCAGCGACAGCAGCUCCAGACUCAGUCAGCCACUGGUCCUCCUCCUGGGUUGGAGUCCUUCCCUUCCCAGGUCAAACUCCGAGAGUCGGCACCCAGAGACAGUACCUCCACUGUGAACAAACUCUUGCAGCUUCCCAGCCUGACUGUUGAAAACAUUGCUGUGCCUGCCCACCAAUCUCAGCCUAAACACAUCAAACUCACUAAGCGGCGGAUACCUCCAGCUUCUAAGACCCCAGCUUCUGCGGUGGAAAUGCCUGGUUCAGCAGAUGUCACAGGAUUGAAUGUUCAGUUUGGCGCCUUGGAAUUUGGAUCAGAAUCUUCUCUCUCUGAAUUUGGAUCGGCUGCAAGCAGUGAAAAUAGUAACCAGAUUCCCAUCAGCUUAUAUUCAAAGUCUUUAAGUGAUUCUUUGAAUACCUCUCUACCAAUGACCAGUACAGUACAGAACUCUACCUAUACAACUUCAGUCAUUACCUCCUCCAGUCUGACCAGCUCAUCCCUGAGCUCCACUAGUCCAGUAACGUCUUCCUCCUAUGACCCGAGUUCUGUGCAUAACAGGGUUGCAUACCAAAGCUCUGGGAGUCCAUCGGAGUCCGCUCCAGGAACUGUCACAAAUGGACAUGGUGGUGGUCGAAGUCAGCAGACAAUAGACACUGCUUCAUCCGUUCCAGCUCCAAAGACAACAGACCCUCCCUCCGCCCUCCCAUCCGUGGGCUCCCUGCCCAGCACCACCUCCUGCAGUACGCUCCUGCCCUCUGCACCUCAGCACACUGCCACUUUGCCCUCCUUGUCCCAGCCUGGUGACCUGUCCAGCACCCCCCUCUCCCAGCUUAGCAGCUCACUUCCCAGCCAUCAGAGCAGCCUCUCCUCCAGCACAUCACACACGCACGCCAGUGUGGAGAGCACUCCUCCCCUCCAGUCCUCAGCCACCUUCUCAACAGCAGCAACCUCCGUCUCGAGUGCCACGUCCUCAGGGCUCAGCAGCAUGAACACGGGGAAUAGCCUCUGCCUGGGCGGGACCACUGUGAGCGCCCCCAGCAGUACCAGAGCCACGCCCUUGGUGACCUCAGGCAAAGCGCCCCCCAACCUGCCCCAGGGAGUGCCUCCCCUGCUGCACAACCAGUACCUCGUGGGCCCUGGAGGACUGCUUCCUGCCUACCCGAUCUAUGGCUAUGAUGAGCUCCAGAUGCUGCAGUCUCGGCUGCCAGUGGAUUACUACGGAAUUCCCUUUGCUACGCCCACAGCCCUUGCCAGCCGAGAUGGGAGUCUCACUAAUAACCCAUAUUCAGGUGAUGUCACAAAGUUUGGCCGAGGUGACUCUGCAUCCCCUGCGCCCCCCACCACACUGGCUCAGGCACAGCAGAGCCAGUCCCAGGCCCACCACACCCCCCAACAACCCUUUCUGAAUCCUGCACUGCCACACGGCUACAGCUACACUGGCCUCCCCUACUACACAGGCGUGCCCAGUGCCUUCCAGUAUGGGCCCACCAUGUUUGUCCCUCCAGCCUCAGCCAAGCAGCAUGGUGUGAACCUGAGCACCCCCACCGCUCCUUUCCAGCAGGCCAGUGGUUAUGGCCAGCACAGCUACAGCACAGGUUAUGAUGACCUGACCCAGGGGACAGCAGCGGGAGACUACACCAAGGGUGGCUAUGGUGGAUCAUCACAGACACAAAACAAGUCUGCAGGUUCUGGGCCUGGCAAAGGAGUGUCCGUGUCUUCAAGCACCACUGGCCUGCCUGAUAUGACUGGUUCUGUCUACAAGACCACUCAGACUUUUGACAAGCAAGGAUUUCAUGCAGGGACCCCUCCACCAUUCAGCCUGCCCUCAGCCUUGGGUUCCACUGGGCCUCUGGCCCCUGGAGCAGCUCCAGGUUAUGCACCUCCACCAUUCUUGCACAUCCUGCCUGCCCACCAGCAGCCUCACUCACAGCUCUUACACCACCACCUUCCCCAGGAUGCCCAGAGUGGCUCGGGUCAGCGCAGCCAGCCCAGCUCCUUGCAGCCCAAGUCACAAGCCUCUAAACCUACCUACGGCAACUCUCCGUACUGGACAAACUGAACCCUUAAGAGUGGGUGGGCUGGGGGAGGGCUUGCCCUGGGCAGGAGAGAACACAUGGAGCCCAUUUUUGGGAGCACAGCACCCUUUCCUAGAAUUCCUGAGACGUGUAUGUCAGCCCAGCCUCUGCGGGGAGCCUCCCUCCCAGACUUGCUUGUAUGUAAUGUAUUUAUGUAUGUAUUUGUAAAUGUGACAAAUCUUGGGGGAAGUGGAAGAGUUGCAGGUGCUGCUGCCCACUCAAGCCCCUUUCACUAUAGCAAAAUAAGUCCCCUUGCCCCCUCUGCCUUCAAGCCUUCCACAUAGCCCCUCUGCCAGGAGGUUGCUAGGGGCAGUGUUUGGAAAGGCUGGAUUAAGGCAGUUGGGUAAAAAAAGGGGUCAGGUACCAAUGAAGAAUCAAGACUUAUCUCGUGCCCUUGUAAACCAUUAUUUGAGUUUUCUUUCCUGUGUAAUUACUUUACCCCUCUUAUGGAGAAACUGGUCCUUUAGUCAUCGUCAUGUUUCCCUCCUGCCAAAUCUUGAUCUAGGAAUAGCAGACACCCCCCCCACAACAUCCAACUGGCACACAGAGCAGGAGCAUCUGCUUCUGGUCUAGUCUUGUCCCCCAAAGACUUGCCUUCCUCUGGUUGACCAUUUUAAUAAUUGAUUUUGUGCUCAGAGAUGUUCAGCCAGUCAGCUCCCCUUGUAAAAAAAAUCAAAGAUAUGCUCCGUGAGAGCACGUCUCCAUGCAAAGGCUCCUCUAAUUCCAGUUGUCCUGAACCAGGUGGGCAACUGCUUCAGGGGUUUUCUCUUUUGCCCAAAGUCCACCUAAUAAAGUUCUGAGAGCAUGCACAGUCUCUGUGUGGUGUGAUAAAGGAUAGCCCAGGGUCGAGGCUGUCUUCAUUAUGGUUCCAGGGACUCUCGGACUCCACAGGGCUGAAGAAGAGCUCACGUGGUCACAAUCUUCCUGACAACAGUUUGUGAAGGCUUAAAUCAGUAUUCCUUUCUUUGCUUGGCCCUUCUCUUGCCUUGGCCCCAGUCAGCAUCCAGGGAGUGGACGAUAAAUGAUAUAGCUGAAAAGACAGCAAAAGCUCCUGACAGGCACAGGAAGUGCUUAUCAGAGUCAACUUUGCAGUCUCGCACAGAUUCCAUCAGCAAGAACGCCAGAGCAGGGUAAUUUCUUUCCCAAAGACCAAAGGUAAUAAUUACCAACAUGGUUCUAGGCAUAUGUUUGAACAGCUAACAUCAACCAAUCAAUCAGUCUUGUCUGACAGUCAGGUCUGUGGUGGAACAGGUGACUAAGGAGCCAGGGUGGUAUGAAGUGGGUAAGCGGAUCCCGGGCUAAAUAUAUGCUCCAGAUAAUCACACGAAACCAUCCACCUGGGACCAGGAUUCUGAUUCCCCCUGAACUAGUCCAGUCCUAUUACUUCCAGGCCACCAGGCACAGAGGAGCCAGGGUCAUAAACUAUUCCUGUGUGUCUGGCAGGAGGUGGCUUUCACUAUUUGUCUGAGGCACAACUAUUCUACAAUCUGGCUAGCAACUCAGACUUAGUAAUAAGUAAAUAAAAUGAGUACUGCUUCAAGUCAAGUAUUGGUCAAAUCAAUAUGCUAAAACCAGCCCAGGGCCACUCUACCUUUUCUGCCUUCGCCUCAAUGGUCAUUUCAUCAUAUUGGACAUGCACUGCUGUUAAUCCACAGCUUGGGAUCUCGGCUUUUAAAAAUAACAGGUAAGUGUCCACAACUGAAACUAAAUGGGAACUUUUAUUAAACUGUGAUCUCUUGCUUGAUCCUUGCUUUUAUCAGCAGGAAGUUUGCAAGGUACGUGACAGUGAAAACAAAUGCCCUUCUAAGGAGGGCAGUGGAGCACCUCUCCAUCCCUUCCACUGACCUACUUGUGCUGGCAGAUUGUGCCCUAUUUCAGAAUUACGGUUAACAAAUGGCUGUGUCUUUAAUAACCUUUCUUAAAGCUAGGUAAGGACUGGGAAUAUUCUGCAAGGUGAACUGAACUGAAUGUCAUGAAAGGCAGGUCAGCCAGAGUUGGUUUUUGUUGUUUAUCAGCUGAGUCCUGGGCAUAAUCUGCAAAGGGAACAGCAGAAAUACUGAGACCACCUUUAAUUUUAACAAAAGGAAAAAAAAGAGGGUCAUCCCAUGGGGAAGUAGCAAUACAGGUAUAUUUUAUUUCACAUUUUAUUAGUAGACAGAUGGGCAGAAAAAGACAAAAUAAACCACUAAAGGGGAAGUUCAACACAAAAUGCAUCAGAUAUUCUUUUCUCAUAAGUUAAACUGAAGAAAAACACCUACAAUUUCAGCUAAGAAAACUAUUGAGUCAGGUGUGACCUGCUGGUUUCAGAAGAGUUGAAAAUUGCAUCUGAAUCUUUUUGUAAAUGUAAACUUUUUUAAAAAAAUCAGGAUGGGAGGAGGGGUGGAGAGUUAAUUUUCAGCAGAGAACUACACAUUUUCCCCUUCAGUCUCUUACUAUAAGUGUCCCCAAAAUAAGGAAGUAGCAAAUUAACAAUUACCAGGGAGGAGGAUAGCAAAUAAACAAAUAAUUACCAGGGAAGAGGAAAGGAGAUACUACCAAAAAAAAGGAAAA